UCUACUUUUAGGUUAUAUUUUCUUGUUUUUGAUCAGUUUUAUAUAAUACAUAUAGAAUAUAGUUUAAUAAGUUUAUAUUCCUAACUAUCCACGAUGUCUUUAAUAGACUACAUAAGUUCUUUGUCCGAUAAUCCAUAUUUUGGGGCCGGUUUCGGUCUUUUUGGCCUAGGAGCAGGGGCUGCCCUAAUGAGAAAAGGCUAUCAAACCUCAUUAAUCCUUUUCCGAAGGCAUUACAUGAUUACCUUGGAAGUACCCUGCCGUGAUAAGUCGUAUCAGUGGCUAUUGCAAUGGAUGACGACUAAAGGGGCCCGACAAACCCAACAUCUCAGUGUUGAAACCAGUUUCGAACAGAAGGAUAGCGGAUAUAUCAAGACUAAAUACGAGUUUAUUCCUAGUAUAGGCACGCAUUUUUUUAAGUAUGGAUCUACGUGGAUCAGAGUUGAAAGAACGAGGGAACAGCAUACUUUAGAUCUUCAUAUGGGAGUUCCGUGGGAAACUGUACAAUUAACAGCUUUUGGAAGGGAUAAAGCUCUGUAUUUUAGGAUUCUAGAGGAAGCUAGACAGAUGGCUCUAAAGCAACACGAAGGAAAGACUAUAAUGUACACUGCAAUAGGUAGUGAAUGGAGACCUUUUGGACAUCCCAGGAAAAAAAGACCUAUAUCUUCGGUUGUAUUAGAUUCAGGCAUAAGUGAAAGAGUAUUAACUGACUGUAGAGAAUUUAUAAACAAUCCCUCAUGGUAUACAGAGAGGGGCAUACCAUAUAGAAGAGGAUACUUACUAUAUGGACCUCCCGGUUGCGGCAAAUCGUCAUACAUUACAGCCUUGGCAGGUGAACUGGACUUUGGAAUAUGUGUCCUAAACCUCUCCGAAAGAGGUUUAUCAGAUGACAGACUCAACCAUUUACUUAGUGUGGCUCCCCAACAAAGUAUUAUUCUCUUAGAAGACAUUGAUGCUGCCUUUGUGUCUCGUGAAGAUUCCGAACAACAAAAAGCUGCCUAUCAAGGUUUGAAUAGGGUCACUUUUAGUGGAUUGUUGAACUGUUUAGAUGGGGUUGCCAGUACUGAAGCUAGAAUAGUUUUUAUGACAACCAAUUAUAUAGAGAGGUUAGAUCCAGCCCUUGUGAGACCUGGUAGAGUUGACUUAAAAGAAUACAUCGGUUGGUGUUCAAAAUCACAGAUUCGACAAAUGUUCUUGCGGUUUUAUCCAGGUGAAAAUGUGGACAAAUCCUCUGAAGAGUUUGCAGAGAAAGUGUUUAGUGAAAAGAGAAACGUGAGUCCUGCUCAAAUUCAAGGCUUCUUUAUGUUCCAUAAGCACUCUUCAGCUGAAGAAGUUAUAAAAGAUUAUAAAACACUUUGGAAAUUGUAGAAUGUAAGUGUAAAAUGAUUUUAUUUGUAAAUAGAUACUUUGAAAAAAUAGUAAAUACAUGAUUUUUCUCAUUUAA